UUAAACUCGGUGAUUGAUUGUUUUGGUCUGUCUGAGUUCAAAAUGGCGGCGCUCGUGUCCUCUCCACGUGAAGUGUUUUCAGAAGCAGUGAGAGCUGUUUUAGAAACUUGGCCGGUUUUACAGAUAGCGGUUGAUAAUGGCUUUGGAGGAGUUUUCAGCCAGCAAAAGGCUGACUGGAUGGUGGAUGCGGUUCAGCAAUAUUUCCAUGACAACAGCGACCUAGAACAGGACGAAGUGGAGGACUUCCUGUCUGAGCUGAUGAAUAACGAGUUCGAUACGGUGGUGGAUGAUGGGAGUCUGCCACAGGUGGCGCAGAAGGUGUGUGUUAUGUUCCAGCAGUGUAAGCAGGGGAAACUCGCGGAGGUCAGACAGCACAUCAGCCAGUUAGCACUGAAAAAGGCCAGCGGGAGGGCAAAGGUCACGCCUGUUAAAUCUCCUACAGAGGAUGCGGACGAUGAUGGCGACCGUGAUAACGAUGAGUCUAUGGAGUGUGAUGAGGCCCAAGCGGGAGCUUCAGUGAGCAGCACAGCACUGAAACUGCAGCAGCAGCCGUUUUCAUCUACACGUACGGAGGAGGAGGAGGAGGAGGAGGAGGGCUGGACAGUGGUGUGCAGGAAAAAAUGACCGAAGUGCCAUUAUGAAUGAGUUACAAACUCCGACGUGCCAGAAACGCGGUGUCUGAAUGAGCUUGUGGUAAUGGAGCAAAAAAGAAAUAUCAGCAAUAUCUACAUCACGAUGGAACGUGGGGGAAAAUAUAAGACGGGUUUAGCGGGUGUGCUACAUGGUGGUAAAAAAAUCUUACACGGCAAGUUCGGAUGAACUACUGGUAGAGUUGUUUACCAAAACUGUUCUUUUCAUUUAGAGUGCUCCUGUUUGCUCUUCACUGCUUUUCCCAGAGCCCGAGCCCUUUCCCUCCCCGUGUAAGGUUGUUAAACGCCAUCGUGUCACAGUUAGUGUUUUAGUGCUUUCAUUACGUCUCGUCAUGCCCUCUUGUGGACACACUGGGAUCUGCAGGACACAACCAACACGUCUGCAGUGAGUCCAGGUCUCUUGUGUGUUGCACAUCAGGGACUGACAGUGUUCAGCUUGUUUUCUGAAUUUAAUACACCUUUUGAAUAUUGUGAUUUAUAAAAUGUGAUGUACUGUAUACCAAGGAUACAGUAUCAAAAAAUUUAGUAUAACACUAACACUCGGUUUUCAUUAUGUGCUUAAAUUUUUUUAAAAAAAUUAUAAUUUUUUUUUUUUAAAGAGGAUGAUGUUAAAUCAAGCAAUUUCCCCUGGUCAAAAUUGUUUAAAUAUUUGCAGGAGUUAUUUAGUUUUCUACGCUCAUGAUUUCCUGACAGUCAAAUUCGACUUUAUUAUGACCGCCGCGUGUCCGAGGAACAGGAACGGUUCCGGUAUACUACAUCCUGCCGAAUACAUCUUUUUGGCCAAAGAUGUGUGCUUUUCGUUCUGAUUCGUCUUUGCUAGAAAUGAUCACGUCAUCUGGUUAAGACUAGAGGCGUGCGAGUGUUUUACGAAGGUCGAAUGAAAACCUUAAAAGUGGAUAACAGAGAGGAUUCAAAACCUGUUCCAAGGACUUGUAGUAUUAUUAUUAUUAUUAUUAUUAUUAUUAUUAUUAUUA